AUGUCAUACUACGACUCCCGCGAUAGUCGGGGCUACCGGGUCAAGCGCGAGAGGUAUUCCCGUCCAGAUGGCGGCUAUGUGGAAGAAACCUAUGUAGACAACCGUGGCGGUUAUCCCUAUGACUACGAUACACGUCUUGUUCGCCGUCGUGGAGACAGUGAAGAGUCUGUUGUUGAAGAAGUUUCUAGAGAUUUCCCGCCCGGUGAGUCCUACUAUGGUUACCCUGGCCCCCGUCGGGCGGCAACCGUUCGUGAGGGCGUACGCAGAGCACGCUCUGCCGGUCGCGAUCCUUACUAUGACGAAGAAUACUAUCGCCGCGAAGACUACCGGCCCCGACGAAGCAAGCGCUCCGACGGCCGACGUGACCGCUAUGAACGAUCGACUUAUUCUUCCUCUCGCAGCCCUUCACCUCGUCCCCGUAGACGCAAGUCUUUGGGAGAAGAAGCUCUGGGUGCUAUUGGAGGAGCUCUUGGAAUUAAAGCUGCCCGUGACCGCUCUCGCGACCGUGACCGUGACUCCGACCGAGGCCGUUCUCGCAAAUAUCGCUCAUAUUCAGAUUCGCGCUCACGCAGCCGAGGUCAUCGUGCCAAAAGUGAAGCUCGCAUCGCUCAGGCUAUGAAGGCUGCCUUGGCAGCGGGUGCAGCAGAGGCAUUCCGUGUCCGAAGUACACCCGGUCCUUGGACUGGUGAAAAGGGCAGGCGUGUUCUGACUGCAGCCGUCUCGGCUGGUGGUGUUGAUGGUCUCAUUGACCGCGAUCCCAACAAACACGGCGGCCGCCAUGUGCUAGAAUCUAUUCUUGCUGGAAUGGCUACAAAUCAUCUCGUCAACGGUAGUCGCUCGAAGUCAAGGUCUCGAAACGGCACUCGAGGACGUUCUCAAAGCCGAGGCGGUGUCCGAGACAUGGCUGCCGCUGGAAUACUCGCCGCAGCUGGCAAGCAAGUCUACGACCGAUUCUCCCAAUCACGCGGUCGCGACCGAUCGGGUUCACGAGACAGUCGCGAUGGUGGCCGAGAUUCCAAGAAGCGUGGUUCAAGUGUGUCACGAGCCUUGAACAAGGGUUUGGCGGCCCUAGGACUCGAUGACAAGAAUCAGAGUGACCGAGGAAGAGACCGUUCCACACGGUCCUCGGACUAUUCAGAUUCUGAGGAUGACCGCUCAUACCGGUCAUCUAGGCGGAGAAGAUCUUCUCGCGAUGUACGUUCCCAGCGAAAUAGUAGUGUCAGCGGUUCAACUUCCCGGGCUGUUGCCCAAAAAGACGGAUCUUCAAGGGGCAACAUUGAGUGUCACAGUGAUUGUGAUAGUGAUUCUGACCUUAGCAUUAACAGUGACGAUGAAAAACGCGAAAAGAAGAAAAUGCUCCGCAGAGAGCUUGUUACCUCAGGACUUGCGACAGUGGCCACAAUACAUGCUGCACACGGUGUGAUGAAAAACCUUGAAGCUCAGAAGAAACGACAUGAGGCUGUCAAGUCGGGUGCAAUCAGUAAAGAGCAGGAGCGAACAAUGCAAAGGAAAGCGGAUUUGAAGAACCUGGCCUCUAUCGGUUUAGCUGCUUUGGGUAUUAAGGGUGCCAUUGGCGAAUGGAAGGAAGUACAAGAACAACGAAAAGAACAUAAAGAAUUCAACCACAAAUGCGAAGAACGACACGAAAAGCGACUGCGUCGAGCUCAGAGUGCUGGCGGAAGCAAUAACAAUUCGCAAGGUUCUCGCUCCAGGGCGGCCAGUGCAGCUAGUAUGAGCAUGAAUACUGGGCAUGAUUAUGGACGUGAUUAUGGACACAACUAUGGACAUGAUUAUGGACACCACGCACCGCAUUAUUAUGACGGAAACCCUUAUGGAGCAGGAGAUAUUUCGAUUGAUGUUUAA